CUUGCUCUGCGUCAGCUCCUGUGACAAAUACACUGGACAAACAGCGGUAGCUAGGAUUUCUGACGGGAAAGCAGACUGUGGGUUGUAAUGGGUUAGGGAGAACUACAAUUACGAAUAAAAGUUUACGCUUCCCUCAAAUUGUUACUGUAUGUGAACAACUAGUACACUGGUACAUGUAGGGCUGCGCUGAGCGGAGUAUUUUAAUAAAGCUGUGAAUCUGUGAGUAAAAUCUAAACGUGGAAAAUCUCGGCGAGCGAGAAGAGACGAGGAGUGAGUUGGAUUUUUAAUAAGGGGAACAGUGAUAGCUAUCUAACGUUAGGUCUAAUUGUAUCCUAAGUGUUUAUCAUUCAUUCAUUUUGCGAAAAUAAGCUGGUGGAUAACACAUUGAACAGAAACAACGCGUCACACUUCGGGAACUUUUCAGAACCAAGGAGAGAAGCAGGGCGGCGAUGUUGGGGGUAUGACGGAGGUAGGUGACCUUUAGGGGCCGAAUACGGCGCCAAUGGCCGAGCUUCAGCCAAUCACAGCGGAGAUGAAGGGGGAGGAGCUGGAGCCGGGUGCGUCGGGGACCCACCUGGAGAACGGCGGCAGGUCACCCCGGGACACGUCGCCCCCUGCUGGCUCGGGGGAGGAAGCGCAGCACGAGACUGGGGAGCAGGUGCCUCCCGCAGGCUUGGGGGUGGAAGUGCAGUGCAGGACUGGGGAGCAGAUGCCCCCUGCAGGCUCGGGGGAGGAAGUGCAGCGCGGGACCGGGGAGCAAGCGUCCCCUGGGGGUCUGGGCUGGGACGUGCCCCCCCAGGACGAGGGCCAAACUGAGGCCGAGGUCUCGGAACAGGGCGAAGGGGAGACGGUUGCUGAGUCAGCGACCGCAGACAGCGCUGCGGCAUCCCACAGUUACACAGACCUGUCCCACACGCACUCCCAAUCGCUCUCGGACCAGCUGCUGAUGGGCCGGGACAACCCCGCCGCCGCCGGCAUCAACGUGGAGUGCCGAAUCUGCGGGGACAAGGCCUCGGGCUUCCACUAUGGCGUGCACGCCUGCGAGGGCUGCAAGGGCUUUUUCAGGCGCACCAUCCAGAUGAAGCUGGAGUACGAGCGCUGUGAGCGCAGCUGCAGGAUCCUGAAGAAGAGCAGGAACAAGUGCCAGUACUGCCGCUUCCAGAAGUGCCUUCUGCAGGGCAUGUCCCACGAUGCGAUCCGGUACGGCCGCAUGCCGGAGGCGGAGAAGCGGAAGCUGGUGGCCGGGCUCCUGGCCGGAGAGAAGGGCGGGCAGAGCCCCGGCCGGUCGGACCUGAAGACCCUCGCCAAGCGCGUCAACAGCGCCUACCUGAAGAACCUCAACAUGACCAAGAAGAAGGCCCGCAGCAUCCUGACCGGCAAAACCAGCACCUGCACGCCCUUCGUCAUCCACGACAUGGACUCGCUGCGGCAGGCGGAGAACGGGCUGGUGUGGAGUCAGCUGAUCCACGGGGCUCCGCCCAACAAGGAGAUCGGGGUGCACGUCUUCUACCGCUGCCAGUGCACCACCGUGGAGACGGUGCGCGAGCUCACCGAGUUCGCCAAGAACAUCCCCGGCUUCGUGGACCUCUACCUCAAUGACCAGGUGACGCUGCUGAAGUACGGCGUGCACGAGGCCAUCUUCGCCAUGCUGCCCUCGCUGAUGAACAAGGACGGGCUGCUGGUGGCCAACGGGCGGGGCUUCGUCACGCGCGAGUUCCUGCGCAGCCUGCGCCGGCCCUUCAGCGAGAUCAUGGAGCCCAAGUUCGAGUUCGCCGUCAAGUUCAACGCCCUGGAGCUGGACGACAGCGACCUCGCCCUCUUCGUCGCCGCCAUCAUCCUCUGCGGGGACCGCCCAGGCCUGAUGAAUGUGAAGCAGGUGGAGGAGAUCCAGGACAGCAUCGUGCAGGCCCUGGACCUCCACCUGCAGGCCACGCACACCGACUCGCUGCACCUCUUCCCCAAGCUGCUGCAGAAGAUGGCCGACCUGCGGCAGCUGGUCACCGAGAACGCCCAGCUCGUCCAGAAGAUCAAGAAGACCGAGUCCGAGACCUCACUGCACCCGCUCCUGCAGGAAAUAUACAAGGAUAUGUACUAGGCUAACAUUUAAUUUAAACUCCUACACAGACAUGCUAUUUUCAAUCAUAUAUAUAGUGUAAAUACAUACGUGUGUGAGUGUGUGAGAGAGAGUGUGUGUGUGUAAUUUGUGGAAAGAGGUUCGAGCUGUGGACUGAACUGUUACGUGGUAAAACUGCAGAGACCUUCCACAGAGGGACCUGCUGCAGACUCGCCUUUUUAUAUUUGGGGGGGGGGGCGAUGGGGGCUGAGGUUUCAGAAUUGCCGGUUUUUGAAGAAUUCCACAGACCUGGUGCUGCUACCCACAGCUUCCCUUUCCUUUUUUUUUUUUUUACAGAAAUAAUCGUCACCGUUUUCACAGAAAGUGGUUUUUACCGCGCGACUCAUUAAGGAUUUUUUUCCGUGUUUUACGGUGUUCCUUCGGAAUAAGUGGUAAAGGAUAAUUGGUGUUAUAGACUACAGAAAUGAACGCAGUUUGUGGGGUAAUGCCACCUUCCAAAGCGUUUAUGCAUUAAGAAAUGGAAGUGCACGUUACAGAGGGCCGGGGAAGGCGAGGGGGGGGACUGUUACCCUGGCGAUAGCAGGCCCCCAGGGUACACGCACGCGGGGGGGAACGGAGGAGGCUCUGUCCGAGACGACGACCGCGGCCGCUGGCGGGUUUUGGCGGGUUUUCCCCGUGUGGCUCAGCUUGGCCCAGGAGAGGAAGCUGCGCGUCUCGGUGCUGGCGUGAGGGCGGCGUUGAGCUGCUUCAGAAGCGUCGUUUCCACAGCGCUUAUAAGAGGAAUGCCCCCUUCAGUGCAGCGUUUCACCCCCCCCUCCCACUGAGGCUUUGCCCCCUUCAGAAUCUAACCCAGGAUUCAGUCACCCUUCUGCACUGCUUAACAAGGUCCUCCUGACGUUCCCAAAUGCCCUGUUUUACCUCUGUUCUGUCUGACCUGCAUUACAGAAGAAAGGUGAGGUUUUUCUCAGUACCCUUUUUUGCCUAAAACAGAACAGGUGUACUUAAAGGAAAAAUUCUGUACUGCCCGCUCCACGCCCCCCCCAACUCUACCCAUCCACAUAAAUACUAAAGCUAUUUCAAGUAGGGUGUCAUUCCGUAAAGGUGGGUACAGUAGUUAGCAGUCAGACUUCCAGACUUCAAAAAAAAAAAGCUGUUCAAUACUGAGCCAAGGUCGUAUCCAUGGUAAUGUGGCCUGGAUCUGCUGACCAGUCAGGAGAGGUUAACUGGUACUUUGCCACCCCAUCAUGAGCGCACACAUGAGUAGUUACCUGUGAUCUUUCCAAUGGGACGUUGCAUUGCUGUGUGCACAGUUGCAUAUAGGGAAUGCUCUAUAUUUAAGGAGAAUAAUGUCUAAUAAGGAACUCACAUGAAAUUGCAGCCAAUCAGGCAAAGCUUCCAUAUUUUCGGUUAAAAAGUCAGUUAAAUGCACAUUACUGAUGGCAAAAUUUUUGAAAAUGGUUUUACAUUACUUUCAGUUCCUUUAAAUAUUAUGAUGGUUGAUACAACAUAUACCUCUUGUAAAGUGUACAGUUAAUUCCUACUAUGUAUUUCUUUUGUACAUAUGAAAAUGUGUCAUUUUUAUCAUGAAAGCUCAGUUGCCAAAAGAGAGGAAGGAUUGCGAUGGACACCUUUUAAGCAAGUGCUUUAAAUGGAUGAAAUGAAGGGCGGUUAUAUAUGAAUAAUCCUGGCCGGGUAUUAUAUUGUGAUCAUGCACUGUCUCUGUGAAAUGUGGCUUGCCGUCAUGAAUCUUCUUAAAAACUGGAAAUCUCCAUCUGCUUUCCCCAAACUCUUUCUGCAAAUGUUUCGUCAUGGGUAACACUUUACUCGAACCCUUGGACACAAGGCUGACAUUACUCUGUCAUACGCAUGACAUAGCAGCUGUCGCAAGAUGGCAUAGCAGAUUCUUUCAGUCUGUGUAAAAUGACGUCAAACUUUUCUCACUUUUUUUGGUAAAUGUUAUGACUGUAAUGUAAUCAUUUACCAUUAAAAGGGAUGACGGUUUUAUGUAAUUUGACUUAAACUGAAAUCAUCUGCUAUGCCCUCUUGUGACAGCUGUUAAGCCAUGUGUAUGAUGGUAAAUGGACUGCAUUUAUAUAGCGCUUUUGUCCAAAGCGCUUUACAAUUGAUGCCUCUCAUUCACCCAUUCACACACACUCACACACCAAUGGUGAAAGGCUGCCAUGCAAGGUACCAAUCAGCUCAUUGGGAGCAAUUAGGGGUUAGGUGUCUUGCUCAGGGACACUUCGACUUGCCCAGGGCGGGGGAUCAAACUGGCAACCCUCCGACUGCCAGACGUCCGCUCUUACCUCCUGAGCUAUAUCUGACAGUGUCAGCCUUCUUUCAAAGGGCUCAGGUAAAGUGUUACUGUUUCCUGUGAUGUAAAUCUGCGUGUCAGCACUCUGGUCCCAGGAUAGGGACUGGAGGAUCUCCCCUAUCCCAGAAUGCUCUGUUUAUUGAGGAUGCUGGUGCUAAUUCAUUGCCAUCAUUACCACCCGAAACGUAAUCUGUUUACGUGGCCAAAAUCUGCAGAUUUUAUACACUGACCAGAUGGUCAGCACUCUGCUUCUUAACCCUGAAUUGCAAUACAGAACAUCCUUUGGCUCAGUACUGUUACAGUAAAUGGAAGAUGAGCCGUUCAGUGUUAAGUAUGUGAAGUCGAGUAUCUGGUGAGUCAGUGGUAUCUGUGGUACGGCAUUGAGUCGAUGCCAUCCCUGUCCUUUCCUUCUGAUGCGAAUGCAAUUAUGAUGAAGUCAUAUAUUCAGCAAUCCGUGAUUGAUUUGCCUCCCCUAGUCCCCUCUUGUGCAAUUCCGGCGCAAGGGGGACUUUUAUGGAAUUCUGUGAAAGACGGCCUGAUCUUUUAAGGGAAUUCCAUCAACGGCAUCCAUCGCUAUUGUAGUUCUAAUGUGUGUCUGUGUCCCAUGGACUCAACCCAGAGAACAGCUCGCCGUGUGAUUAUGUUACAAUAUUUUAGCAUUCAUUUUAGUGAUGAAAAUGUAAAGAUAAAACCUGUGCUGGUACUAUUAUAAGCCUUUUGGGAAUUAUGUGCAUUUUGGCAGCUAUUUUUUUUCCUCUCAAAGAAAAAAACUGCUGCAGUAAACUGCUUCGUUUCCGGGGGGGGUUACCUUUUUAAUGGUGUCGUAAAUGAAACUCUGGCCCCACCCCAGUUCUGAGGGUGCCCAUGCAAUCAAAAUAAUCCUUUAUAAUAGUUAUAUUUUAAGAACCAAAGAAAUAGUAUAUUAAGUAUAUUUUAUUUAGUUGACAUUUUAAAUUAGUUUUUUAUCCUUAAAGCAAUAAAGCUCUUAUAUGCCUACUACAAUUUGGUAUUGAUCUUUUGGAAACUGUUUUACUUAAGUAUGUAACAUGAAGUUUAAAUUUUAAACAAAUUUUAAACAAAUUUUUUUAAAUGAGUUUUUUUUUCCAUUAGUUGAAUUAAUAUGUAGAGUAAUGUGGAAACCAUAAACCUGUUCUUUUAAAAUGAAUAUUAAUAUUCAUUGGAAUCCAGUGUUGUCUGUCGGGCUGCUUUCAACUCCCUGUGCUUGAAGAGUGGGCUUUUUUUUUUCUUUUUUUCCCCCCAGAAUCCCAAGUGUUCUAGAACUCUGUUGCUUUCAAUUACCAGUAGCGAUUGUGACAUCAGCAUUAGAAUGGUUCAGUAAGAACGUUCUGAUCACAUAUUUGUGGUCUUCCAUCUUAAAGAGUUCAUUUUGCCAGCCGUUUGGUGCAAUCCAGACCACAGUUGAGUUACUAAAAUGCUUUUCUUUUUGAUGCCCCCUGUGCGGUUAAUUUCUAUGCCGGAGCCUUUAUGCUUAGUGUUAAAUACCACUGUCUAGCACAGCUGGGUAGGUCAUUGAAGUUUGGUCUUUUUCUUUAGCUGACUACAAACAGUAGCUCUGCUUUGCUUACUGGUGAACUUGUCACAUUCUCAUAAAAAAACAAAACCAUUAUUUUUCAGUUGAUUAUAGUGCGUUGUGGUUGUGCUUAACUUUGCGUCCAUCUUCUAACCAAAAUGCCCAUGUAAAUUCCCCUUGAGGGGUUGGGAUCGCUCUGUUUUUGGACAGCAGCCAAUGUGAUUUCUGCAGUAGAUUUAACAACCUGGAUGUCAAUGAUCAGUUGAUUAAUCUGUAAUUGUACAUCUUUUCUGUUUGGAUCAUGGCUGGAAAAAAAGAAAGAAGUAAAACACACCUGUAUAUCCCUGAGAAUUUUCAACGAAAACGUGCAAUCAUAUUAACAUUUAUUUUAUUUUUUUGGAAUGUUGCCAAAAAUGUAUGAUUCUUUAAAAAUGUGUCAAUGCUGUGCAUACAUUUUGCUGGCAUCUAAAGGGUUCAAAAGCACUGUAUUGGUUUAAAGCUAAAGCUACCAAGCUAAACUGUCCCGAUGAUCUCCUUUCCUGAUCUAAUCGCAGCUGUCUUGUAAAUGUGUCAUUGAUUUGUGUUUUUAUUUUAUUUUUUAUUUUUUGCUGUGUCUUGUGGUGGACAGGCUGUAGCCUUUGUUGUGAAUGCUGUGCUAACCGUGUCUCCCUGACUGAGUCUGAGUUCAGCUGGCCCCACUUUCCUCUCCGAAAUCACCAGAGCUCCCCCCUCUGCCCAUAGAACACUCACGUGUGAAUUUCCCUUCCUCUAAUUUAUGUGACACAGCCCACGACCUGUUACUGUUUCUGAAGUGUGUCCACUGGUGUAGUGCAGCUUUAUUCUGCUCAUAAAUGACCACGCCCGUGCUGGAAAACUUGAGUACUGUCACCCACAUAAAUUUUCAGUAUUUUUGUUCCCUUUUCACAGGACUAUCCUACCUGGGGAAUAAAAAGAAAUGAGAUCUGUGAGAUCAUUGCCCAUAUAUCCCCGUGCUGCACUUAGCGAGGAAUGUGAGGAUGAUGUUGUGAUGUCUCCUGGGGUCUUGGGGCCUGGUGAAACUCUAAUUCUGAACCCUGAGACCGGGCGUCUGCUUUGGCUCUUCCGAAAAGACGGUGUGGACUUGGAAAAUGGAGGGCAGUACAUUUUCUGUGCUAAUCCACAUUGGUGCUGUUAUCUGUUAAUGGGGUGCAAGUGCUGGCUCUGUCCUCUCGCCCUGUUCUACGACCUCUUCUCUUCACAGGACGAGGGUUCCACAUGCUGUAGUUCAGCUAGAGCCCAUAUCCUGUCCGACAACCCUCUCCAUCGCUGCUUAUGAAAUCUACCUCUGUCAUUCCACAAACAUGCGCGCACACACACACACACACACACACACACACACACACAGCUUUCCUCCGUAGUCUUUGUAAGAACAGUGCUUUAGGUGAGGUAAAGGUUAGAUCAUAACCCAUGCUCUCACACAUUAGCGAAAAUAAAUGUGCCCAAUUCAGAACGUGCACAUUCAUACUAUUUCUCACUUCUUCCCAGUCCUCUGUCUAAACCUGUACCCAAGUUGGAGUUUAUUUAUUUUUUUGAGGAGAGUUGAAACACCCUAUUUGAAAUUAAUGGAGUUGAGAUUUAAAGUGGACACGCGGGUCCACCUUAGCUACGAGAGAAUGGGAUAGUGCGCGUGACCGUGGCUCUGCUCAUGGAGUAUCUCCAGGGCACGGGAAUUAGCCUGCGCUAAUUACAGCGCGAGCACCGCUAUUACGCUGUGAUGUAACGUGUUAACGGUAAAUUCAGCUUGACACUAAUGGAGGAGGUGUUAACUGUGAUCUACAGCUCAGUACAUAAACUGAACAGGUACAGACAUGGAGCGUUGACAUCAUUCAAAGUGCAUUUAAGGAGGAAUGCAAAAGGGCUACUGAGGUUGGGGGGAUCAUGACCCAAGGUGUGUCUAGCUUUUCUAGCUGUAUUUUAACUGUGGGAGCCAAUGACAUUGGAACGCCUCUGCAGAGCCACGGUGGCCCUUCUGGAUAUCUUUGGAAAUCUUGAAUGUAGACACCAAGUUGUGUGUUCUGCAGCUAUUUUAUAUAAACUACUUUUAUCUAGUCCAGGACGGUUCGUAAUUGAUGGUUCUCUGCAGUAGGUACAUCAGCAAAAAUGUUAGAACAUAAAUGGAAUGGUUUAUGUUCUUUCUUGUAAUGAUAUUGUACAUAAAUAAUGUAAUCGAAUAUGUGUAUACACUCAAUAGAACUUGAGAAAGAUAUUCCCAGAUAUUUUAUGAGAAUAAACCUCAAUUUUGUCAAA